UAGGGCGCCCAUUUGAUAACCCAUCCUUUUUGAAUUUCCGUUCAUUUUCUCUCGCAGUAGAGGUAGGGGUAGGGUUCCAAACAUCAAAAUCUCUGAUUACCUCCCCUACAAUCCACGCAUAACUCUCACUGAAUCAGUGGGAGGAACGGAUCAUGAACUUCGCGGAUCCAUCGACGGCGCUUUUGGCCGCUGCCGGCCGCGACACCGUGAAGCUCUUCGACGUCUCCGUCGACUCCGGCGAUCCUUGCACAUUGACCUACACUCCCUCACCUGCUUUCCAAGUCAAUUCCGUCAAGUGGAACCACACCAAUUUGGUAGUGGCGAGUGCUGGUGACGAUAAAAGAAUUUCCUUGUGGCGCAAAAAUGGCCAGAGCAUGGGGACCAUUCCUAUGGCCGGCACUGACAGUGGCGAAAACAUUGAGGAAUCAAUAAUGGUCAUUAGCUUUAGCAGCAAGGGGUCCCGAUAUUUAUGUUCAGGGGGAAGUGGUCAAGUUGUAAGAAUAUGGGAUUUGCAGAGGAAGCGUUGUAUCAAAUGGUUGAGAGGUCAUACUGAUACAAUAACAGGUGCGGUGUACAAUUGCAAAGACGAGCACUUGGCUUCUAUCAGUCUUAACGGGGAUCUUAUUCUUCACAAUCUUGCUUCUGGUGCAAGGGCUACAGAACUGAAGGAUCCCAAUGAUCAGGUGCUGAGAGUGCUUGAUUAUUCUCGGAUAAGCCGGCACCUUUUGGCCACAGCUGGUGAUGAUGGGUCUGUACAUCUCUGGGAUACAACUGGUCGCAGCCCGAAGGUUUCUUGGUUGAAGCAGCAUUCUGCACCAACUGCUGGUGUUAGUUUCUCACCAUCAAACGAUAAGGUGAUUGCUACUGUUGGCCUGGAUAAAAAGUUAUACACUUUUGACUCAGGGAGUAGGAGACCUGCCUUUUGCAUCCCUUAUGAAGCACCUUUCUCUUCGUUGGCCUUUAGAGAUGAUGGUUGGGUACUGGCUGCUGGUACAAGCAGUGGGCGAGUGGUAUUCUAUGAUGUUCGUGGAAAACCACAACCUUUCACUGUUCUUCGUGCUUUUGGCAAUUCUGAGGCCGUCACAAGUCUUUGCUGGCAAAGAUCAAAACCAGUAUUGGUAAAUGAAAACAACUGUACGGCUGAGACCGCUCUGCUGGGAGGUGCUGUGGAAGAUUCAAUCCUUAUGCCUGAUCCACUGCCUUCCGUGACAUCAUCAAGCCUUUCUUCUGUGCUAGCAACAGCGGGUUCUCGAAAUGCUGGUCGUUCAGGCCCUUCAGUAGACUCAACUUCCAUGUUAGCAGCCACUAGUGGAUUUUUGUCAAGCUCACUGAGUUCAUCUACAACAGAAGAAACACCACUUAGAAGCACUUUGUGGACUGGUGGAAGUUUGGCAAGAUUGCAUGCUCCUCGUAGUUAUAAUUUCAAGGAUGAUAUGGAGGUGUUUUCCCCUCUUGUGGAAGUCCAGCCAAUUACACCAUCACUUGAUAAGCUUUGGAGUGAGCGUGAGAGAUCAAAGAAAGAUCACCAACCAGUCAACAAGAAACCUUCUGUGCUGUUUCCUUCAUCUAGUAGGAGAUUUCCUCUUUCAGAGGAAGGGGGGAGUGAUAUUCAUCCUAUUUUUGACUGGAAAUCUAAUUCCACUUCAGUACAGGAUGACACCCGCUCUUCUACACAGAUGGGAUCUUCUCCUACUCCCUCUACCAACAGCGAUGAUUCCUCAUCCAUCACUCCCCCAGAAGCUUGGGGUGGCGAAAGAUUCUCUGAUAAAUUCACCCACCACCACCAAUCAGUAACUUUGCCGUCUCGAUUUGCUACAUUGCCCUCUAGUAGUAUGAUGUCAGGAUCAAUGUUUUCUGGAACGGAAGAUCUUACUUUCUCGACAAGCCAGAUAAGUAUGAGCUACCUAACGAGUUCAAGCCUCACCUUGGGAAAUUUGCGAAACAGAGAUAUCUCUAAUCAAGAGACUUCACUGGGAUUUUCAGAGCAUGUUCAAGGUUCCUCCUCUGCAUCCCUCUCUCCGGGUACAAAAAGUAUUUCAGGGCAGUCUAACCUGGAUUUACUGGGGCCAGCAUUAACUCUCCCUCGUAGAUAUACCACCUAUGCUGAAAGGAUAAGUACCACUCCUGCCUUUAGUGAUGGAACAUCCCUUUCUGUGGGUUCACCAAAAACAAAGAAAACGGGAGCUGAAACAAGGGAAGAACUUUUGAAUAGCUUGUUAUUCAGGUCCGACACUUCAUCUGCCCCUGAAUCAGUGACUCUUCCAUCUGUGAAUUGUUGUGACAGGGAGGAGUUUCACAACCCCAGAAAAUCCCAUCUCAACUUGACAUUCAACAGGGAACCUCCUUCACGCUUCAGCUAUUUCAACGCACACUUGAAGAAACUCUUGCUUCCUUUCAGAAAUCCAUUCAUGAAGAUAUGAGGAACCUUCAUAUUGAAAUUUUAAGACAGUUCCAUAUGCAGGAGAUGGAAAUGUCAAGCACGAUGAGCUUAAUCCUGGAAAAUCAAGCUGAGCUUAUGAAAGAAGUUCUAUCAUUACGUGAAGAAACUCAGCAGCUUCGGCAGCUCCUUUGACCAUUGGCAGAGCCUUUGCUAGCUUUAACUUUUUGGUUCAGAUGAUUGGUUUGCAUCUAGCGGCUGUUUCAUUUCCAAAUUAUGUGCAGUUCGUUUGUUCCUUUUUUGUUAAUAGGAAAGUUGGACAAAGCUUCAGUUUGUACCUAGCACGUGGGAAAAAAAUGAGAAACAAAGAAAGAAAAGGAGAAAUGGCUUAUUCAAUUGGGUAUUAACAUGUAUAGGUUUGUUUGGUUCAGAUUGAAUGGGGUUUUGCUUGGGUAAAGCAGUUGUACAAUAUUCUUUCAUUGAAAUUUGUAUCCUGCAAUCUCGGUUCAUUGUUUUAGCAUA